GGCCCGUGACGCUGCUUGUACACGUAGUCCAGAAGGAUGUGUUCAUUGAAGAUGGUGGUGUGUCAGACCAAGUGUCCUGCGUAUUUCUAUGCCUGACUGCGCCUGAGUGUCUUCAGUGAUACCUUACAGAGUGAUUGGGAUCCGCUCGUUUUCUAAACAUGCAACCUCCUCCUCGGGCUGGACCUCCGGGAGCCUCCGGCCCUCCUCCCUCUGGGCCAAAUAUGUUUCGUAGGACCAGGCCUCAGAAGUCUGCAGCAGCGACUGGUACAAUGCCUCCUGCUACCCAACCCAUGACAAAUCCUUUUGCUUUUGGUCAAGCUCCUCCCCCUAUGGCUACAGGUGGUAUCCCAACAAUACCAACGGGCAACCUUCCUCAAAUGCAAACACCACCUAGUGCCACGUAUUCCCAGCAUGGGUCGGGGCUGCCUCCACAGCCGCAAUCGCUGGGCGGUGUUCCGUUUGCUCCAUCUGUUCCUCCACCAUCCACUUUGCCAGGGGUUCCCCUCUUAGACCAUCACAGUGCAGUACCUCCUGGAGUUCUACCUGCUCCAAGUCAAACAGAACAUACAUCUUCAAAUAGUGAACAGGGCUACUUUAAUUCGAGAGAUCAAACGUCGUCCGUGUCGACCGAGUCCCCACCAAUGGCAGCAACUUCAGCACCCAGUCAGACACAUUUUAACCAAUCAUUUCAAGGACAACUGCCUCCUUCUAAUCCUGUUCACUUUCAGCCGCACCCCCCUGCAUCAUCUUUUCCUCAGUGGGCUCCUGAACACACAAGUCGCCCCCCAUCAGUUCAAAACUAUUUCCAGCCUACUAGUGAUCCUCCACCACAGCUAUUGAAUAUAGAUCCACAGCCUCAAAUGUACCCCCCUCACAGUCAGUCGCCUCAUCACAACGUACUUACCCCUCCAACCCAGCCUGGUCUCCAGAAUCAACCCCCUCUUAACCCCCCAAAUCCUGUAAACUCUGCUAACUCCCAGUGGUCAGACCCAAAUAGAAUUCAGCAGCAUAGUUCAAGUUUUUACACUCAAAAUAGUUUCAGUCAGAACCCUGCUCCUCAAGAGUCAUGGUUCAACCAGAUACCACAGGACUAUCACCAAAUGGGGACGGGCCCUUACAAUCCACCUCUUCUUGUGGACACUGCUGGCUCGGCACCUGGGCCGGCCUCUGGGCCUGAGCCCAGGGCUGCUAGUGCCUCAGACCCCAACUCUGAGGACUCGGGUGCUCUCUCAAUGUUCUUUAAAGGCAACGAUGUGGAAAAUGAAGAAACACUGGCUGGCGACAGAGAUAAAACAGUAAAUGGUGUUGUUGGAUCUUUUCAGCAUCAAAGGAUCCCGCAGAGCCUCGGUGGACAUGCAGACGUCCCUGCACAAGAAAAUUCACACCUUCCUUACUUGAGUGAGGGAAGUCAUAUUGUACCAGGAAAUACCCAGAAGCCACCUGAUACUCAGUUUGACCAUGUAGAGAACUUGGAGUGUGUUCCAAACCAGGAAGUAUUACCUAGUGAGAGCCAUAGUAGUGCUGUUGCACCACAUGAAAUAGACCAGUUCGAAACGGGCCCCAACCUAGAAACGCCAGAUUCUGUUCCAAGACCAAUGAGAUCUGCUAGCGUAUCAUCAAACUAUAGCAAUAUGAGUCAUGGAAGUGGAACUGGGGGACGUCGGUACCAGGGAGCCAAAGGCACCUUUAUUCAGCAGGAGAGUCCACAUCUCGCUGAAGAUGCUAACCCUUCUGGUGCUGCUGGAGGCUACUUUGAACAAAUCGAUACCUCUCCGGCCGUAGAAACGGGCAUGCAACCAGGCUCCCCAGAGCACAUAUGGCCUUCUACGCCGAGUCCUCCCAAACCAACUGGGAUUUUUCAAACCAGUGCUAACAGCUCCUUUGAACCUGUGCGCUCACAUGGAGUGGGCGUGCGUCCUGCUGAGGUGGAUAGGGCUAAAAUGGUUGUUGAAGGGAGAACUGAGUGCACAUCUGGCAACUUGGAGCAACCGCCAGAUAAUAUGGAAAAUAUUUUUGGCCCAGGUCACUCCCAGGCACCAGGUGCUGGAGGUGGUGUACCGCAUGCGACACAUCCAGUUGUACUUUCUCAUUCUCGCCCUUCAUCUCGUGCUUUUGGGGCCAGCCGGCCCUGCGAUAGCCCUGCGACCACUCUGUGGGCUCAAAAUGACCCCGCAAGCUUGGGUGUUAACAUCCUCCUUGCUCCUGCUGCCCCUACAGUUUUGGCCCCUCUACGAGAGCCUAGUGCCGAUGUCAUCCAGCCCCCAGAGGACGGUCCACUGGACCUGCAACCCCCCCAAAGAAUCCAGGCGACUUCUCAGCAACACUCAGAGAACUUAGAAAACCCACCUAAGGUGAGUGAUGCUGUGACAACCGACUCUCAAGGCAACCUGGGCUAUGCAUCUCUUUUGGUUUCUGGCUCACUUCACCAGCCCGUUUUAAUUGCCCCGCCUGUAUCCAAUUAUAGUGUGAUUCAUGCAGGUUCUUCUCAAUCAUCCAUUCAAGGUAGUCACAGAGAAACCACACCCCCGGAAAGAUCCCUUUCACAAGGUUCUGGGAUCCCCCAAUCACCGUCAAUGUCCUCAAAUAAAAACCCGAUUUCCCCUCUGGGAUCCAUGCCGCCGCCUCCUGUUCAAAGUCCUCUCAAUCUGACUCGAGACAGCUCUGUGGCUUCAACAUCAGAAAUCCCACUUCUGCCACAUUCUCACCCAGUCCAUCCGCCUCUCUCAAGAGGCCAAUCAUCAAGUGGUGAUGGUCCUUCUGCUGUCCAAGUUAAUUCCAAUGUUUCUUCUCUCGUGUCACUUCCUGUCUCUAAUCCUAAUCAGUCAUUAAACUACGAACUGCUUGAUUUUUCUAUGCACCAAUCGCACACCCAAAGCCAAACUUCUGGUCAGGCUUCUCUUCAUGAGUCUCCACAGUGUAAUAAUGGAUUUUACCUGCAGGUCACCAAAGAUGCUCAGCAUGGCGCAAGUGUGGAGAGGAGUUCUUCUUCUCAAACUCCAGUCUCUUCAUCUGUCCCGCAGGUUCUGUCAGAACCCCCACAACCAGCUGCAAACUCCCAGCCAUCCUCAAACACACCUUCUCUAACAUUAGAUUCUCAGGCUGCUCCACAGGGACAAAUCAGUGCUCCUUCUAUUCCUGUGAGUGGAGCACCACUUUCUCACGAUCAAAGUUCAGCUCUGAUCCCCGAGCGUCCUGCAGGGGGUGCUAUUACAGCUCCACAGUCUCAAGGGCCACAAGGUCCAGAGCAUCCUGCAACUUCCCAUCCCCAGACAAUGGAGCCACCACGCCCACCAUCUACCGCUGGCAGCCAUCACAGCUACGGGGCACCAGCUCCUCCUGUUCCAGGGCAAAUGUACGGAGCUUAUUAUGGAAAUUAUGGAGAAUACCCAGACAACAGAGCACAAUAUCCUCCUGGACAGUAUAUGCCCCCACCUGGGGAUCCAAGGUUACAUCAGUAUUAUCAGGAUAAUUCAUACCGUGGGAGAUCAGAUCCUUGGUACGGCAGAUACGAAGGGCAGAGCCAGAAUUACCGUGAUCCAAACUACCAGUACAGGGAGCCACCAUCGGAUCGACCCAACUCAAGAGCCAGCCAGUACUCGGACAGACCCUCAUCAAGGCAAGGCUACCCUGAUGAGAGCAGAGCAAACCGAAGUGCCUACAGCGACUAUUAUGCAGACUAUUCCAAGCACUAUGAAUAUGGAGGAUAUUAUGGACAAUUGGACCCACGAUACAGAGGAUACUAUGAUCAGUCAUACUGGUCUUACUAUGAUGACACAUACAGAAACAAUUACUAUAAUCAGCCUGUGUAUCCUCAGAGGAAAGAGGGGUAUGAAGACCAGUGGAAGUACUAUCCUGGUUAUGACCCCAGCUUUGAUGAUGACAACCGUUGUGGCGGCGAGAUGUAUGGGGAAGACUUUGAUCGGCGCAGCAUCCACAGCGAGCAGUCGGCACACAGCGUCCACAGCUCGCACAGCCACCACAGCAGGCAGAGCAGCUUUAGCUCCCGCUCACAACAGAGCCAGAUUUACAGGAGUCAGCCUGACUUGACAGUCGAUGUUUGUGACAACACUUCUAUGGCUGUGAACUACUCAUACGCGCAGUACCCCGAUCAGACUGAUGCCACCCAGAAAUACCUCUACUCCUCAGAUUACACCACAGACGGCUCCUGGAUUGCCCCUAAACAACCUCCCCCUCGUCCUGCAACGCCAGAAAAGUUCACCAUGCCUCACCGCUGUGCCCGCUUCGGACCCGGUGGUCAUUUGGUUCAGGUCUUACCCAAUCUUCCCUCAGCUGGACAGCCAGCUCUGGUUGAUAUCUACAACCUGGAGACCAUGUUGCAGGACACUCCUGAUCAGGCAGAGCUACGGGCAUUCCCUGGUCCUCUCAUUAAAGGGGAGACCCAUAAAGUGGACGUGAUCAAAUUCUCCCAAAGCAAAGGACUGGAGUGUUCCCGUGACAACAACCUCCUGGACAGGGAUUCUGCUCGCCUGCUUUGGGACUUUAUUGUGCUUCUUUGCAGACAGAAUGGAACCGUCGUCGGUACCGACAUCGCUGAUCUAUUGUUGAAGGAGCAUCGCUCUGUCUGGCUGCCCGGCAAAAGUCCCAAUGAGGCAAAUUUGAUCGAUUUUAAUAACGAACCCCUGGCACACGCUGAGGAGGAUCAAGGAACUGGACCGCUGUCUCUUCUGUCCGACACCUUUAUGACUGUCCCAGAGAAUGUUGGCAAGGAAACGGAGCGCUUCCGAGAAUUGCUCCUGUUUGGCCGCAAAAAAGAGGCUCUGGAAGCUGCCAUGAAAGCUGGUCUCUGGGGUCACGCGUUACUGCUGGCCAGUAAGAUGGAUAGCCGAACUCAUGCACGUGUCAUGACAAAGUUUGCAAAUAGUUUACCAAUGAAUGAUCCUCUUCAGACGAUUUACCAGUUGAUGUCAGGAAGAAUGCCUGCAUCAGCCACCUGCUGUGGAGAGGAGAAAUGGGGCGACUGGCGUCCUCACUUGGCCAUGGUGUUGUCAAACCUUUCACAGACUCUGGACUUGGAUACUCGCACAAUCACCACCAUGGGUGACACUCUUGCUUCUAAAGGUCUCACUGAUGCUGCACACUUCUGUUACCUGAUGGCACAAGUUGGUCUGGGAGUUUUCACCAAGAAGAGCACCAAGUUGGUUCUGAUUGGCUCCAACCACAGUUUGUCCUUUCAACAGUUUGCCACAAAUGAAGCAAUCCAGAGGACCGAAGCCUACGAGUAUGCUCAGUCUUUGGGCUCUCAGCCCUGCUCACUGCCCAAUUUCCAGGUGUUCAAGCUGAUCUAUGCAUGCCGUUUGGCUGAAGCAGGCCUGUGUGCCCAGGCCUUUCAUUACUGUGAAGUUAUAUCCAAGACUGUCCUCAUGCAGCCUUCCUAUUACUCUCCUGUGUUCAUCAGCCAGAUAAUCCAGAUGUCGGAAAAGCUACGAUUCUAUGAUCCACAACUGAAGGAAAAGCCGGAGCUGGAAUGGUUUCUUGAGCCAGAUUGGUUGAUUGAGCUCAGGCAGUUGAUUGGACAGAUAUGGACUGGUGCAAUUACCUACAGUGUGGACAGAAGAACUCCUCCACAGUUUGAUUGCCGCAGUGAAACGUCCGACUUGGAACAGUUUACUCCGUCUGAACCAUACAGCAUGCCACUGGAGGUUGACGGUCCAGCCCCCGACAACCCACUGACCUCCUUAUUGCCCAGACCUCCCUCACAAGAAGUCCGCCUGAUGCCUCCAGCUCCUAGCUCCAUUAUCCGAGACGACAUGGGUCCUCCUCAGGUCUAUCCCCCCGCCGAUCCACCCCAGUUCUACCCAGUACCCCCUAUUGGACAACCAGGGCAACUACCUGCCCCUGGUUACCCUCAACAGGAUCCCGGCAUUACCCCUCCCUCCUUCCAGCCGCAGCAUAUGCAGACAGCAGGAGGCCAUCAGCAAUCUGGAGCUCCGACACAAGUGUCCACACACAUGCCUCCUCCACCAGGGCCACAUUCACCUGUGCAAAUGAACCCCCCACUUUUCCCUGCACAGCACAUGCCACCUAUGGAGCAACCACAGCCUCCAUUGGACUCCCAGCACAUGAUGCCAUCGCCCCCUCCCAGAAACUCUCUCACGCCUCAGUCGGACUUUUAUGAUUAUAUGGCUCACAAGACUGCUGGCAGAACACGGACUAUUUCAGAGUCCUCUUCACAUCUGCAGUCGGGGAACAGCUCUCGCAGAGCGUCUAUAUCAUCAAACUUCUCUGGAAGAGAACGGGCAAACUCUGUGAAGCAGGUCUCCCCGCCUCCGCCACCUAUUCCGGAACAGCCCCGAAAAGAGGCGACAAACACCAAGAAAGAUUCCCCAAACAAGAAACUUAGCUGGCUGAAAUGGCUGAUGCCGAGGAGGAAUGAGGCUCACUUGCCGGAUGACAAAAACCCGUCUAUUGUGUGGGAUGAAAAGAAGCAGAGAUGGGUUGACCUGAAUGAGCCUGAAGAGGAGACUAAACCACCUCCCCCACCUCCCUCUGGGUUCCCUGCCAUCCCUCAGAUGCCUGGGCCUGGAGGACCUGCCGCUCCACCUGGCGGUGUCAACAUGUUCUCGAUUAAAGCAGGAUCUAAGGGCAGAUAUGUGGAUGUUCUGAACCCAAGUAGAACGGCUAAAGCAAGUGCAGUGGCCCCUGCUCCAGCAGACCUCUUUGCUCCUUUGGCUCCGAUGCCAAUGCCCAAUAACCUAUUUGUGCCUAGUUCAGCUCCAGACGACCAACAACCUCUUGAGGGCAGUGAAGGUGGAAACCAUGAGCAGAAUUCCCCGAAUAGCUCUGCUGCACAGAUGUUCAACCCGACGAUGAUGCCGCCGGCCCCUGAAGGUCCUCCUGCUCUUGAUAGUUCCCAGUCUGGAGAGCUCUCACGUUCUAGCUCAAUGAGUUCUUUAUCACGCGAAGUGAGUCAGCAUUUAAACCAGAGUCCGCCUGCCCAGGGACCUGCGCCCACGGGAGGCAUCACCUUCUACAACCCUGCACAGUUUGCACCGACAAGUGCACCAUCGGGAGGUGGAGUGCGCUCUGGUCGUUUGGGCGGUCCCCGCCAGUACCCGACUUUGAAGUAAACCUCCAGAGAAGCUGUUGAAUGAACGGACAGCACCAGAUCCUCCGGGGGUUUAUUAAGCCCUGCACAUGGACACACUGCCCCUCUGUCUUAAGGCUUCUUGUUUCUGCCUUCACUUAAGAAGAGCGUAAUCGCGUUACGUCAGUCUCAACAGCUUAACCACUUGUUCUUCUGAAGCCCAGUAGGUGUCACUGCUGCGUUAAUUGCAACAGGUACUGUUUUUUGUUUUUUUUCCUUGAAGGGCUUAUUUUUCUGCAUCCAAGCAGUAAAUUGAGUUGAUUUAUGAAUUUUAUCAUGCAUACAGGUGUAACCAUGGAUGCAUUUACAUAAACUGUAUGUUGUUGUAGAUAUAUAAUUUAGUGUACAGUAAAUACUUUUGCUUUUGAAAGCUGCCCAGAUUCCUCUCAAAUAUAACAGAAUUGUCACAUCCUGUACCCUGUUUUCGAAUUUUUCUUUUUCUAUUUUUUAUUGCCAACUGUUGGUCGGCAUAGAGAAUGAAAAGAAAUCGGCUGCUUUUUCGUUUCCCAUAUUACAGGCUUGUUUGUGCAGCUUUUCUGUGUUCCUCUAUAGACAGAAGACAAACUUUUUGGAGAAAAAAGUACGGCAAAGACUUGAAGUUUGAUUUUCAUCGUUUAGUAAUAAGAUCAGGCAAAGUGGCUCUAGGAGGAGGUCUGCAGUGUUUCCAUGCUGCUUCAUUGGGAUAUUUAUUUAAAAAUCCUCCCCCUCAUUAGUCCUUCACUCUAAAAUUACUAUUUUUUUUGCCCAUAAUUCAUUGUAAAACAGAAAAUGAAUCUAUCCAGAUAUUUGUAUAUCAGAUUGACUGUAUUUAUGACCUGUAGGCCUAAAGAUGUGUGGAUGAGUGUGUGUGCGUGAAUAGCAAAUAAUUUUUCCUGAUAGGCUUUGACAUAAACCAUUUAUGAUUAAAGAAUCAUAUUCUGAUCAUUUGUAUCAGCUGCUUCUGCAAAUAAAUCUUUAUCUUAAUUGUGAAUUUUGAGCUAAUUUGACUGAAAAUUGUUGUUUUUUUUAGUUCAGAGCUGUGAUUUGGCUGAAUGAUUCAGUCAUAAAUAUACUUUUUUCUCUGUGAAAGCAAUUUAUCCUCUGCAUUACAAUUCAUGUAAUUAUUAACAAACGGCUGAUAGAAUAAAAAUAAAAUGAAUUUACU